UCUCCCAGAGCUGGAUUAAGUUGGUGUAGUGGGGGGGUUAUAUUGGUGGGAGCUUCAUUUUAGGGCAUGUCUACAUGAUGAAAUUAGGUCGAUUUUAUAGAAUUCAAUCUUUAGCAAUCGAUUUUAUACAGUCGAUCGUGCAUGUCCCCACUAAGCGGUGGAGUCCGUCCUCAAUACCAUGGCUAGCAUUGACUCACGGAGUGGUGCACUGUGGGUAGCUAUCCCACAGUCCCCAUUGCCCUUUGGAAUUCUGGGUUAAGGUCCCAAUGCCUGAUGGGGCAAAAACAUUGUUGCGGGUGGUUUUGGGUACAUGUCGUCAGUUUCCCUUCCCUCCCGCCUUGAAAGCAACGGCAAACAAUCGUUUCACACCUUUUUUCCUGGGUUAUCCGUGCAGACGCCAUAGCAUGGCAAGCAUGGAGCCCGCUCAGCUGCACACUGCUUUUGUGAGCAUUGUAAACACCUCACACAUUAUCCUGCAGUAUGUGCAGAGCCUAGCUAGGAGUCGGCAGCAAGAGGAAGAUUGUGAGGAGGACAUGGACACAGACGUUCCUGAAAGCACGGGAUGUAGCAAUUGGGAUAUCAUGGCGGCAUUGGGGCAUGUUGAUACAGUGGAAUGCCGAUUCUGGGCCCGGGAAACAAGCACAGACUGGUGGGACCGCAUAGUGUUGCAGGUGAGCACGAAUGAUAUCACUCUCCUGAGGCUGACACAGAAAGAUAAAGAUCGAAUGUUGCAUGAAUUCGACCAAAACCCAGGACCAUUCGCUGCCAUGUGUUGUGCUGCAAUGAUUCCAGUCCACUUGCUACUGGCUUUGGGUGGUCAAGUGUCCUACUGUGGAGGACGAAAUAAGGCAGCUCUCCCCAGAAACCUUCAGCAAAGGCUUUCAGAGUACCUCCAGGAGAGCUUCAUGGAGAUGUCCAUGGAGAGUUCCCGCUCCAUCCCCAGACAUGUUAACAGACUUUUCCAGUGGCUGUACUGGUCGUGAAUGCAUCCCAAUUCUUCAGGGCAAAUCAAACAUUAAACACAAUUGCUUUUAACCCUGUAGUGUAGUUACAAAUGGGCACUCACCAGAGAUACCUUCUCCACCUUCAGGGUCCGGGAACAAUUUGCCCUGGGAGGGUAUUGGCUCCAGGGUGAUGAAAAGGCCCUGGCUGCUGGGGAGAACAGAUUCU